CCCCUCCCUCUUCCCCGCACCCGGGCUCUGGCUCGGUAUAAAAGACAGGAGCGCGGGGCGCCUCAGCAGCGCCGAGUUUCAGCACCAUGGAGAGCACCCGCUUCCAGCUGCUGCCCCUCCUGGGUGCUGCCCUGCUGUUGCUGUUACCUCUGCUGGGCGCCCGUGCCCAGGAGGAUGCUGAGCUCCAGCCCCGAGCCCUGGACAUCUUCUCCACCGUGGAGGAUGCCUCCCAUGAGAAGGAGCUGAUCGAAGCGCUGCAGGAAGUCCUGAAGAAGCUCAAGAGUAAACGUAUUCCGCUCUAUGAGAAGAAGUACGGGCAAGUCCCCAUGUGCGACGCUGGCGAGCAGUGCGCGGUACGAAAAGGAGCGAGGAUCGGGAAGCUGUGCGACUGUCCCCGAGGAACCUCCUGCAAUUCCUUCCUCCUGAAGUGCUUAUGAGGCGUCACCCUCUCCAUCAGUCCCCAGUUCCCCUGCUUCCCCAGAGGACCGCGCCUUCAUUUGUGGAGUUGGGAUUUAGCAACCAAGCUUGCAUUUCCCUCUGAGGGUGAAGGGGAGCUUUUCCUGAUGUUUUCAAACAAAAGAACAAUGUCUUGUAUGCUUGUACGGUGUUGAUGUGUGUGCAAAAAUAUUCUCUUUUUAUUUUAUUUGUCUGAUGAACUCUUGUGUACCUUUGUGUAAAGUAGGGGAACUUUGCUUUGAAAAUUGUAUUUUCCUAUGUGGCAUGGCAGGAUGGAAAUUAGAUUUGGUGAAUGUGGGUAGAUGACAACACCACCUGGAAAAUAAAUCAUCCCAAGCACCCCCAAUUGAAGCAUGUACAAAUUAUACAUAAUGAAGUGUUUUUAAUAAUUGUUCAUACUGCCCUGGCCGGUAUGGCUCAGUUGGUUGAGUACACCCAGAGGUCUUUGGUAGGGUUCCCUGUCAGGGCACAAGCCUUCAUUGGGGCUCGAUCCUGGUAGGGGGCAUGCAGGAGGCAUCCAAUCAAUGUUGUUUUUUUCCUCUCUCUCUUCCUAUCCUUUCUUCUCUUUCUCUAAAAUCAAUAAAAACAAGUAAAAAAAGUU